AUGCCUCCUCGCGCCGCGCUCGUGGCGCUUCUCGCGGUGGCGGUCCUGCUCGUGCUCGAUAUUGCCCCCGACAUAUUCACCCCACGCGCCGUCUAUGAUGGGCGGAAGAACCUGUUUGCGGCCCGCGAACUUCCUUUCGGACCCUCCGGAACGCAUGAGUUCAGCUUCACUCUCGUUGACCGUCCUCAAGCGGCAGGCGAAGCCACUGGGAAGGGACCCAAGCCGUACAGAGUGAAGCUCACACUCGUCGCGACGAUCAAUCCCGAAAUCCUCGCGCGCUUUUUGCAAGGGCAGCAGUCGCAUGAUAACACCGUCUUGACCGCGAUCACCGCUCUGAAUGUGGUCAUUCGUAUGGAACCCUCCAUGAAAUACCCUUUCAACGUCCGCUCGUUCUUCACGAAGCAAGAGAUGAAGAAUAUCGGUGGCGGCAUCCAUCUAUGGCGGGGCUACUUCCAGUCGGUGCGCCCUGCAAUCGGCAAGAUGUUGAUCAACGUCGAUAUCAGCACUGGCGCGAUGUACAUGCCCGGACCCCUCAUCAGUGUGGCCCUAGAGUUCCUCAACAAGAUCCCUGGACAGCAGACCGUGGCGCGGACCCCGCGCGUUGUCAAGAAACUGACCAGCCUAGGAGCAGACCGCGAGUCGUUCACAGACAGUGACGGAAGACGUGUGUCUGUAUCCGCCUACUUCAAGCAACAUCACAACUACACGUUGCGGUAUCCGGACAUCAUCUGUGCCGAGUUUGCGAACGAUGUCUAUGUUCCUUUGGAGUUGUGCUCGGUGCCGGAAGGCCAGAUAAUGCGCAAGCAGAUCCCGUCCGAGAAAACCAAGGACGUGUUGGAAUUCGCGACCCAGCAGCCUGCCCAACGCCUCAGAAGCAUCACCAACGCCUUGGGCGUCCUAGCGUAUGGACAGUCGGAGUAUGUCAGGCAAUUUGGCAUGCACGUCGCGAACCCUCGCCCCGCGACCAUUCCUGCGCGGAUUCUCGACACCCCCACGCUUCAGUAUGGCCCAGGCAGCAAGCAACCCACCAUUAGACCACGGGAUGGAGCUUGGAAUAUGAUCGACAAAAAGCUCUACCGUACAAACCCGAUUGGAAUGUGGGCUAUAGUCAUCUACGAGCGGGAGCAACGUUUUACUCCGCAGAUAGCUCAAGAGAUGGUGGCUGGGUUCUGCAGUGCCUUCGCAGCAAUGGGUAUCACCCUGCAACAGCCAAGACCCGUCAUCAAAUACUUCCAGUCUAUCAACAAGGUUGCGGAACAACUCAGGGCUGCUGGCACUGAAUGCUUCCAAACGUACAAGAAGUACCCCGAUCUCAUGAUCGUCGUUCUUCCCGAGUCGUCGGUUGACCUUUACACGGCCGUCAAGCACUUCGGCGACUGUACUCAAGGUGUCGCCACACAGUGCGUGAAGUCUUCGAAGAGUUCGCGUGCCAAGCCCCAAUACUUCGCGAACGUCUGCCUUAAAAUCAAUGUCAAGCUUGGGGGGAUCAACGCUAUACCAGAUCCCCGCUCGGUCUCCGUGCUCACAGAUCCUCAUAAUCCCACUAUGGUCAUGGGGGCGGACGUCAUUCACCCUGCUCCCGGCGCGGACGGCCGCCCGUCUUUUACCGCCCUCGUCGGCAAUGUAGACUCGGACACGGCGAAGUAUGUCGCUGACAUGCGCGUUCAGACCUCGAGGCAGGAGAUGAUCGACGAUCUCAAGGACAUGGCGACCAAGAUCAUUUUGAUGUACCGAGGUUACCGCGCCAAAGCAGAGAAGAAGCCGGGCAUCGCGCCGAAGAGAAUCAUUUUCUACAGAGAUGGUGUGUCUGAGGGACAAUUUCAGCAUGUCCUGGACUACGAGCUUCCGCAGCUCAAGGAGGCAUGCAAGGCUGCUGGUGUGGAUCCACUGCCGAAGAUCACAAUCAUCGUUGUGGGCAAACGACACCACGUUCGGUUUUUCCCCACCCGCGACUCGGACCGAAGCGGGAACUGUCCGGCGGGCACGGUCGUCGACAAUAAUAUCACACAUCCGACGGAAUUCGACUUCUACCUCCAAAGCCACGGCGGUCUACUGGGCACAUCCCGGCCGGCGCACUACAGCGUGCUAUACGACGAGAACGGGUUCACGCCUGACAGUCUACAGGCGUUGUCGUUCGCCCUCUGCCACGUUUACGCCCGCUCGACGCGCUCGGUGUCCAUCCCUGCCCCUGUCUACUACGCGGACACGGUCUGUUCCCGGGCAAAGAACCACUACGACCCGAACGGAACGCAGCAGCUUUCAGGAGACGACUGGGCAUCUACUGACACCAGGGAUGCGGCAAGCCAAUUGGAGCAGUUCCGGGCAUCGUUCAAGCCACUACACGAGAAGACGUCGAGGCUGAUGUACUUCUGCUGA